AUGCUUGGUAUUGGCCAGUUCAGCAGCUCCACCCUCUUUAGUCGUGCGUUUGAUUCAACGAUUGUUCGAGAGGAUCUUCUGAGCCAAAAUGAACCACGCCAGCUCACCGCGCUGCGACAGGUGCUCGCCUUUAUGACCAUUGGAAGAGACAUGUCAGGGCACUUUAGUGACGUUGCCCCCUUGUGCUCAUCCACAAAUCUGACGAUCAAACGACUAGUGUACCUGUACCUCAUGCACAACAGUCACACCCAGCCACAGAAGGCGGUACUGCAGGCUGGAGCAUUUGUAAAGGACACCAUUAACAACUCUCCACUCAUUCGGGGGGCGGCGCUACGCACGAUGAGCUCCCUGCUUAUUCCUCCUAUGGUAGAUUUUGUCACCGCCCCUCUUCAGCGCUGCCUAGAAGACAGUGACCCCUAUGUCCGCCGCAUCGCCGCCUUUGGUACGCUUAAACUCUUUUACGUGGCUCCCAACGUUUGUGAAGAGACCGGGCUUUUGGAGAAGCUCAAGAAACAGCUCCAGGAUGAUAAUGCAUGCGUGGUGGCGUCAGCUGUGGCGGCCAUUUUAGAGCUUCGUCAGCGAAAUGCCCCGAUCGCUCUCGAAGAGGCCCUCGUAGGGAACGUCUCCCGUCUGCUUGAAGCUGCCAGUGAGGCGACUGGUUGGUACCAGCAUUACCUUAUUGAGGGAGUUGCUAUGGCCUUUAAAGGCAAUUCACUCGUGUUGGACCUGGGGAAGGCUAAGGAGAUCGUUGAUGACGUCGUGCCUUUUCUUGCUUCCUUCAACGUCGCCACGGUUAUGUCGGCGAUCAAAGUUGUCACGUCAUUUCUGCUGCAGACCUCUGCUCUCUUUGCAUUCCCGGACCUUGGAGAGGAUGGGCGCAAUGCGGAGGAGCAUACGUCUCAUCUGCGGGACCGUUACGGACCUCGCUUGGUUGGCGCGUGUAUCUCGUUGCUGUAUGGGCCCUGCUUUGAGGUGCGAUACGCAGUGUUUCGCAACAUCCGUUUACUGCUGAAGACAUCACUAAACAGUUUCUUUAAGCAUCACCUAAGCAUUUUCUUUGUCAAGUACGAUGACCCCAUUUACAUCAAGCUGGAAAAGUCUGAGCUGCUGCUUGAGCUCGCAGACACGGAAGUGGGGGAAAUAGUUCUCGCUGAGUUCGCGACUUAUGUCACCGACGCAGAUGAGGAGUUGGUUCGAAAGGCAGUGCGUUCCAUUGGAUUUCUCGCGGCGAAGGUGGAGCCCCUCGCGGAGCAGUGCGUCGAAAAGCUGCUCGGUCUCAUGGAUACCGGCAUUAGCCACGUUGUGCAGGACACGGCAGUCGUGGUGCAGACAGUUCUCCGACGUUACCCCAAUCACUUUGGGAGGGUCGUGAACAAGCUUUGUGAAGUGCUGGAUGAACUGAAAAGCCCUGAGGCUAAGGCCGCCGUCGUGUGGGUGAUCGGCGACUACGCAGAACGCGUCGAAAAUGCGGGGGACAUACUGGAGAUGUCCUUGGAGACUUUCCACACCCAGCCAGAGAUCGUACAGCUCGCACUCCUCACUGCGGUUGUAAAAAUUUAUCUGCAUAGUGACGCCGGGCAACUGGAGUGCAACACCAACUUUCUUCAACGUGUACUGUUAAUGGUGACGCAUUCGCCGCUGCCAGAUGUGCGUGAUCGCGCCUUCAUGUAUUGGCGCCUUGUUAGUAGCGACCGUGAAGCGGCGAAAAAGCUUGUUCUCACCUUAGCAAAGGGCACAUCAUUUGUGAUGGAAAAUACGAUGGAAAAGCAUUGGCUGCAAAGCUUUUUGUUGGAAGUUGGAAGCCUGGCGUCGGUGCUGCAUCGCCCCCCGCAUCUCAUAUACGACAACGAGAUACUCCUGAACGAGAACGACGAGGACGAGGAAGACGCAAAGGACAAUGUUAGGGAGCAGUUUAUUCCACCGGCCGCUUCUGUGGAGGGCGCGGCGGGAACGACGGGGGACAAUACUGUUGGCGUGGGGCCGUGUAUUCGCGACAGUGGGGAGGCCAUGCAUGAGGCCUUGUCAGCUGACGAAGGUAGCGGGCUGGAGGUGCGUAUGGGUUGGUCGCAGUUCGGAAACAAGCUGCUGCUAAACUGCCGUUUCUCCCUCGUGCCCGGGGAAGGCUACAUACGACAUUCAGUUAUACGUGCGCUUCAAAUCAACAGGAACAUGUACGCGCUUGGGUUGGCGCAGGAAUGCCCGGUGGUGGAGCUUGAGCUGGGCCAAAAGGAGCCCGACAUGGUGCAGCUGAUGACAAACACGAACAAUGAGAAAUCACCAGUGCGUGAUCUGCUCGUCGCAGUCAACGCCGACCCCAUCGGUACGCGCUAUUUUCUUGCACCCCCCAUUCCGCCAGUCAUGCUGCUACUUCCCGCCGCUGGCAUGGACACGGAUUUUUUUGUCCAGCAAUUUCGACAGCUUUCGACACCGUCCUGGACGAUGCCCACAACGCUCACGCCACCGCAAACGGACCCAACUCGGUACACUUCAAAUGCCCUUCGACUACACGGCCUCAAUCUCGUUUACACGGACAAGCCGCACGGGUCAGGCUUUGUGCUCCUUUUCCUUUCGGCUGAAACCAUUGCUGCGCAAAAACUGUUUAUGGAGGUAACCAUUCAAGGUAACACCGUCGUGUACCUUGGUGUCCGCUGCAACGAUGCACAGGUGUCUCCUGUCUUUGGCGCCUAUACGUUACGGGCGCUUUCAUCAGCAGAAACGCAAUAA